CGACACGUCGAGUCUGGAUUUUCAGAGGCGGGAGGGGCGGAGAGAAGAACCCGGAAGUGCAGUUAGCAAACAGCAGCAAAGUCCGCCAGCACUUUGCAGCUCCGCAGAAACUCCAACAACAUUUUUGAUUUCUUUAAAAAAAACUUCUCUAGCGCUGCUAUAAGAUGCCCGAAAUGCACGCACCGAGGAGGAUCGAGGCCACGCGGUGCAGCGCGGGUGACGGACUGGAAGGCUUCAAGGCUCACGCGGUGUUCCAGGAGAUCAACAAGAAGCUCCAGGAGGAGGGCGAGAAGUUCGUCAAGAAGAUCGGGGGCGUGUUCGCCUUCAAAGUAAAAGACGGCCCGAAUGGACAGGAGGCCACGUGGUUGGUGGACGUCAAGAACGACCGCGGCUGCGUGCACAAUGACACGGCAAAGAAAGCUGACUGCACCAUCUGCAUGUCCGACUCAGACCUGUUGGCCUUGAUGACGGGAAAGAUGAACCCUCAGACGGCCUUCUUCCAGGGCAAGCUGAAGAUCACAGGCAACAUGGGCCUGGCCAUGAAGCUCCAGAACCUUCAGCUGCAGCCCGCCAAGGCCAAGCUGUAGAGUGGACGACUCAAAGAUGGACUCUGUGGAAAAGUAGAAACACGUCUUUCCUAAUGACUUGUGAUCCUUGUCAUUUAGACAUGUCACUUCUUUUCUUCAACCAUCAAUGACUGAGCAUGAUGGGAAGGUAGUGGUAGUGGUAGUGGUGGACAUGGUAGUGGUAGUAGUGAGUCGGCCAUGUCAGAAGCUGCCUGCCACGCGUUGAGCAGCAAAUGUGUUUACUGGCGCUGACCCACUUUCUACUGCAGCUUUCAGUCCGCUCCACCUUUUCUGUGCUCACUCUGGGAUUAUUAAUGUUUUUGUAGCCCACAGGGAUACUUUGGAUUUAUGUCAUCUGUGUGUGUGUGUGUGUGUGUGUGUGUGUGUGUGUGUGUGUGUGUGUGUGUGUUUGCGUGCGUGCGUGCGUGUGUGUGUGUGUAACACAGGCCAUGGUUUAAUUUGGAGCAUGUCAACUAUUUGGACCACAAAAGGUCUCUUUCUUCAAUGUAAGCCUUUUUUUUUUUUGAUGGAAAUGUGAUUUUUGUAUUUCCUCCACUAGGUCGAGCCACCACUCUAAUCCUAACACCAUGGACUAACUAGUAGUUGUUAGUCCACUCUAAUCCUAACACCAUGGACUGACUAGUAGUUGUGUUAGUCCACUCUAAUCCUAACACCAUGGACUGACUAGUAGUUGUUAGUCCACUCUAAUCCUAACACCAUGGACUGACUAGUAGUUGUUAGUCCACUCUAAUCCUAACACCAUGGACUGACUAGUAGUUGUGUUAGUCCACUCUAAUCCUAACACCAUGGACUGACUAGUAGUUGUGUUAGUCCACUCUAAUCCUAACACCAUGGACUGACUAGUAGUUGUUAGUCCACUCUAAUCCUAACACCAUGGACUGACUAGUAGUUGUUAGUCCACUCUAAUCCUAACACCAUGGACUGACUAGUAGUUGUUAGUCCACUCUAAUCCUAACACCAUGGACUGACUAGUAGUUGUUAGUCCACUCUAAUCCUAACACCAUGGACUGACUAGUAGUUGUUAGUCCACUCUAAUCCUAACACCAUGGACUGACUAGUAGUUGUUAGUCCACUCUAAUCCUAACACCAUGGACUGACUAGUAGUUGUUAGUCCACUCUAAUCCUAACACCAUGGACUGACUAGUAGUUGUGUUAGUCCACUCUAAUCCUAACACCAUGGACUGACUAGCAGUUGUUAGUCCACUCUAAUCCUAACACCAUGGACUGACUAGUAGUUGUGUUAGUCCACUCUAAUCCUAACACCAUGGACUGACUAGUAGUUGUUAGUCCACUCUAAUCCUAACACCAUGGACUGACUAGUAGUUGUGUUAGUCCACUCUAAUCCUAACACCAUGGACUGACUAGUAGUUGUGUUAGUCCACUCUAAUCCUAACACCAUGGACUGACUAGUAGUUGUUAGUCCACUCUAAUCCUAACACCAUGGACUGACUAGUAGUUGUUAGUCCACUCUAAUCCUAACACCAUGGACUAGUAGUUGUGGUCUACUACUGUUUUUAAUCAGGUGUUCUAUACAUAUUUCUUAAUGACUCAUUAAUAAUAACUCAUUCAUCACUGAUUUAUCUGUUGAUAAAUGGCCUCUUGUUACCGUGACAACCAGCUGCUGAUUUCAAUAAAUGUUUCUAU